AUGCCCCAGGCCGAGGGUCAAGGCGCUGUGGCCAGAAGAAGCAUUGGAAGGCCUGAGUUGAAGUCUUUGGAUCCUUUUCUGAUGUUAGAUGAAUUUUCUGUUUCACCUCCUGCUGGAUUUCCAGACCAUCCACACCGAGGGUUCGAGACUGUUACAUACGUGUUGCAGGGAGGAGUGACACAUCAAGAUUUUGCUGGUCAUAAGGGCACAAUACGUGCCGGUGAAGUGCAGUGGAUGACUGCGGGCAGGGGCAUCGUUCAUUCUGAAAUGCCGGCUGGAGAAGGUACCAACACCGGUCUGCAAUUAUGGAUCAAUCUCUCAGCCAAGGAUAAAAUGAUUGAACCGAAAUAUCAGGAAUUGAUGGCAGAUGGCAUCCCAAAGGCCGAGAAAGAUGGUGUGGAGGUUAAAGUCAUAGCAGGGGAAGCAAUGGGCGUCCACUCUCCGGUUUACACGCGGACCCCAACCAUGUUCCUCGAUUUCACUCUAAAACCAAAUUCUCAGUAUCACCAAAGCAUUCCGGAAUCAUGGAAUGCCUUUGUGUACAUCAUCGAAGGUGAAGGCGUGUUUGGCGUCCCAAAUUUUCCCCCGACAGAAGCUCACCACAUCUUGGUUUUGGGCCCUGGAGAGGGCCUAAGUGUGUGGAACAAAUCGUCAUCCGCCAAACUGAGGUUCAUUUUGGUGGGUGGGCAGCCGCUGAACGAGCCCGUGGUGCAGCACGGGCCUUUUGUGAUGAACUCUCAGCACGAGAUUGAGAAAACAAUUGAAGAUUAUUAUUACGCCAGGAACGGGUUCGAGAUGGCAAGGCACUGGAGAUCCAGCUGA